AUGGCCAUGAGUCGAAGUCCCAAUUCUGUCACUUACUGGCUGUGUGGCCUUGGGCGAAUUACUUUACUCUCUGAGCCUGUGCACUCAACCAUUAGAAAUGUUGCGUUUUUGACAAAUGAAGGGCAAGAGCCUCCACCAGCAAGAGAUUACAAUGCGCUUCAUUGUGAUACCCCUUUAUUAUGGUGGCCUGGAGCCAAGCAGCAACAUCUCCAAGGGCUCAAGACCUACAUUAUUGCAUUCAGUUUGCAAAGCUAUCGAGAUGCCCUUGAGGCAGUGAAUCCUGGCUAUGGAAGAAACAGCACCACAUACCAGAUGCUGAUUCAGAGCACAUACAGCCUUGUGGAGAACCUUGCCUCAGCCCUUGCCAGGUAUUGCCACCUAGCUGGUGCUGUAACUGAGUCUUCCAAAGACAAUCCACUGUUCCGUCAAGUCUACCUCCGGCUGGAGGUGAACAUGAAAGAUGCUGAAUUUCAGGAGCAUGACAAGUUUCUGUCUCCAGAUUUUCUCUCAGUUGCCCAAAUCACUGAAAUUCUAGCAGAGGACAUAGAUGGAGUUCAACAGAAAUUUGCCACAUUUCUGAAUUUCAAAAAUCUUAAAACCUGUUUAAAAGAAGCCAUUCUAGUAGAUUAUUAUGUAUCUGGAUUUUUGUGGGCUAGAGGCAUGGACUUUUCUGUUCUGCAGUACUCAAAAUUUAUGACUUUACUAGAUGUCUUGCUUCAUAAUCUUAGAGCACUGCAUAUGUCCUUAAAAGAUAGCUUACAGUGGCUUGGAGAAGUUAUGGCUGAAAUUGGACCAGCCCAUUUACAGAAACACAAGAAAUGGAGUAUCUUUGAUAUAAAACAAGCCAAUGCUAUCACUGAUUAUUUAAAAAUCAGCUUAUUUCAACACUACAAGCUAUAUGAGUUUCUGUUCUACUCUUCCAGGGAAGAAAUUGUGCUAGGAGCUGAGCAAAUGAUAGAGGUCGUCAAGUCUUCAGGCGGCCUUUUCCCCAACCCUCUAGAAGAAGGAAUCUCAUUUGAUAUUUACUCAACAUUCAUAGAGCCACCCCCAGCAUUGGAUACAGAAAUGAAGAUACUGGAUCAAGAGCAAGGCUCAGUGGAGACCCAGCCAGCAGCCAGCACUUCAGAGACAGAUGCUUUAGCUGGUCUCACCAUUGAAGAUAUAAAAUCCGUGCUUGCCCAAGUCACAGACGACAUCCUAAUCGGCAUUCAGGCCGAGAUAAACGAAAAGCUGCAAAUACAGGAAGAGGCCUUUAAUGCACGAAUAGAAAAAUUGAAAAAGGCCUGAGGAGUCGGUACAAAGAGAGUGAUGCUGAACUUCACAGAAGCAAACAAAACCAGUCAGAAUAAUAGACUCUCUAGAGCAUCGUAUCUCUUUUAUUUAGUUGGGAGAGGAAAACCAAGCCCCACUUUUUAUUAUCGUAAGUAAUUAGAAAAGCAUUGGCCCCAAUUUUGCUAUCUCCUGUCCCCUAGCAGCCUCUGAAUUUAUUGCAUUGAGUGUAAUAAGAACAUUUUGUAUACAAGAGUUUGGAGAAUUAUAUAUAUAAAUACAAUUACAAUACUCCUUUGACA